CAAGCCCAUCGUAUUUGAUGAUUACAUUCAGCCAGCGCGUCUCCCUCCCAAACAAGCCAUUCUGAGUGAAAUGGACGACUGCUUCAUCGCGGGAUGGGGCAUCAGUGAGGAAAUAACCAUUGAAUCAUCGGACAUGCUGCAGGAGGCUCCUGUGAAUCUGAUUCCAGUAGAAAGCUGCAACCGCCCGACCUGGUAUAACGGAUCUUUGGGUGAAUACAACCUCUGUGCACGACAUGAACAGGGAGGUAUUGAUACCUGCGAGGGUGACAGUGGAGGGCCUCUGAUGUGCCAAAUACACAAAACCAAGUUUUAUACUGUGGUCGGCAUAUCCAGCCGGGGCUCCGGCUGCACCCAGAAUAAAAACCCUGGAGUUUACACCUCGACCCAGUUCUACCUCGAGUGGAUCUUAAAACACAUCAGCGAACCUGCAUCUAAAUCUCGGAAAAUGUGA